GAUUUUGGGACGUCAUAAAGAUGUGGCUCCUUUAAAUUGCUCACCCGUUUCUUGUUUUCUAUUGGCUAGCUAACCUCAAGUGCUGACCAAUCAAGUCGAGUGUUGAGGGCUAAACAGGAAGUGAGCUUUGUUAUAGAAGUUGUUAAACACGUACUUAUUUCCCACAAAAUAUUAGUUAUUAUUUCAAUUAACUGUCGUAUUUUAUCUCGUAAUGGAGCCGUAUUCUGUUAUUUCAUGGACUGGUUGUAAUAUUUUUAAGUAAACUGCCUUCGCGAUACUUGUCACGUUGUGUAUUCUAGCAGAGUGUAUCUAAGUUGCAGCAGCAUGGAGCUAAAUGAUGUGGAAAAGUGUUGCUGUGUGGUUAAAAUCUCUGGGACAUCCGAAAGAAAACCCGUCAGUUGCAGUGGAGUAAUCGUCCACUUUCGUUCCGGUACUGUAAUUUGCACCGGCCUCCCUUUUUCCCGUUUUGUAACCGACAGAGAGCUCCUCUCCUCGGACACCGGGGUCCUAUUCCCACGCAGUUUCAGCGACUCUCUGAAAAUCCGCGUUUGCUUUUCAGAUUCUGUGAAAAACAAACCAGGUCGGCAGCGGGAGGUUUCAGGGGAGCUUAUGAUGCUGGUGAACUGCUUGGAAUUCAAACAGGCCUUUCUGGGAGUUUUCCAAGAGUCAGACCAGUGGCGUUUCCAUGGUGAUGAUGAGGAUGCUGACAUGAUGAGGGAUGCCCAGUCCCUGAGCUGGUUCGCAGUCCUUAAGGUUCGUUUAGUGAUGUUGAAGGGUUCAGAUCCAGGACCUAUCCCCUGGCAGAGCUGCUCAGCCCUACAGAAAGGCUUCCCAGUGGUUGCAUGUGGCUCCCCGUUUGGCUCUCUCUGUUUAGACCUCUUCAGUAGCACCCUCAGCAGAGGCAUCAUCAGCAACCUCGCUGGAGAAGACAAUGCUGUCAUCCUCACAGAUGCUCGCUGCCUACCAGGCACGGAAGGGGGAGGGUUGUUUGCUGUGGAAGCAACAGACGGUGUCCGGCUUAUUGGUUUGAUUGUUUCUCCAUUUGGUUGGAAGUCAAAUGAAUGGAUAGGCCUCACUUUGGUCUGCUCCGUUGACUUGAUCUUCAGGAACAUUAUGCAUUGCACAGGGGUCCAAGAUGGGCUUUGCCUCCAACCAUUAGAGGCAGGCCUCAGCAUGUCCAGCACAGCUCAGGUGAAAGAAGCGUGCAGAUACCCUACUGUAUGCUUUGUGGACAGUGGACAGGUCUGGGGGUCGGGAGUGGUCAUCACCACAAAUCUGGUCGUAACUUGCCGACAUGUAGUCAGCGGGAAGUCUUUGGUCACCCUGAAGUUUCAUCAAGGGAACAGAGUCUGUGAUGUGAUUGGUGAUGUAUUGUUCUCCACUAAAGCAUCUUCACCAUAUGAUCUAGCCUUUAUUGAGCUGAGAGUUCCCGUUCCAGAUGCUGUGAUCCCGAAAAUGUCAGAAAGUUUCCGCCUAGGUGAUGCUGUGGUUAUAGUGGGAUAUGGGGGUUUGGGCCGAUUCUGUGGUCCAUCUCUGACAUCCGGUGUCCUCUCUAAAGUCAUCCCCUUGAAGAACCAGCCUGUCAUGUUUCAGACCACAUGUGCUGUACAAGCAGGAUCCAGUGGAGGUGCUGUGGUGCAGAAACAUUCAGGAGAGCUGCUUGGAAUCGUUUCAAGCAAUGCACGAGACCUGGCUGCGAGUGUAACAUAUCCACACCUCAACUUUAUCAUCCCCGUGCCUGUUUUCCAGAAAUUGUUGCAGGAGUUUCACCAGAUGAGAAAUGUCAACGUGUUCAAUGUGCUGAACUCUGUGGAAAAUGAUGUCAAACGGGUGUGGAGGCUACAGGCUGCACAAAGCAAACUCUGACCUGCACUUUGAUAUGAGGUGGAUUCUACUUCAGUCAUUUGGACAUACACUGAAGUACAAAUGAGGAGAUUAAUCCCACUUAACCUUUCUAGAAUCAUUAUCAAAAAGACAUUAAGGAAUUGUAAUACCCAUUAAUUCUUUUUAGUUCAUUCGACGAAAUAAAAUGUUCUAUAUUGCUUUUACCAAG